UGUCUGCCAUCUUAUUUAGAGGUUUUACGCAUAAGCUCUCUAUUUGAUACUUUUAUAGAACUGGGUUCACAUUUUCAUACUUAUUUGAGAGAUCUUUGUGUGUGUGUGUAGCUGGUACCAUUCCAUUCAGAUGAUACAGAGUAUUGUACCAGUUACAUCUAAAGACUGAUAUUGGCUGUUCCUCUGCUAAAGUAGACAUAACUGUUCUGAGCAGAGGAAUAAUUAGUAUCAGCUGGUUUCACUGGUUACACAAAAGAGUAUGGUAACUUGUACCACAUGAACUCUUCCUGUAUUUGUGCUAUAUCCUUCAUUGGGGUUCCUGGUGGACUUCCUUUUGCUCGGUUUGUUAUCACAGUGUUCUUGAUAGGAUCAUAGGUGGCAGGAAAUUUCUCAUUCAGUGCUUUGCAGAGUUUGUUGGUUCAAAUGAAGCACAUUGAAUUUGGUACUCCAGGAAACAAGUAUUAUAGAGUAUCGUUACAGAGUCCCAUCUUUAUUAUGUCAAUAUCUGAGGAAUACCUUCCGUGAAAAUGGAUCCGUGUUCUGUCCAGACUUCUAUGGGUUUUCAGGACAAUCUCUCUAGGUGUCUGCACAAGCAAACACAAAGGCAUCAAAGACUCCCUAGAAGUUGUUCUCCAUAGAUAAGCAUCAUUUCACACUCCUUUGAAGCUUUGAUCCAAGGGCCACCAUUGAUUCUUCAAAGACCAAUCUAUAUCUUUCCACUGAAAUGAAGCAAGAGCAUACUUCUCCUGUGCUGACGGAUUCUCCACCUCUAGCCAAGUCGAGAUUAGGCAUUCCAUCACCAUUGCUUCUCUGUUCACCCCCUGCACCAUCUUACACAUCUCGCUCUCUUUCUGGACGUCUAUUGACAUCCCCUCAGAAGAAAUCCAUGCUAAGCACUCUUGAGGAUGUUCGAGAAAAUGGGUGGCUUGAUGCCAUGAAAGCUUCUUCACCCCCUCGAAAAGGUGCCGUCAGGGAUGGAAACUCCAUUUUCGCAAUGCAUGAAAAUGCUGAAGCAGCAUAUAAUUCAUGGAAGUUGAAGUACCCAUCAGCUCUAAGUUCUUUUGAACAACUUGUUACAUUUGCAAAAGGAAAAUCUUUCGUAUUGUUUUUGGACUAUGACGGAACACUGUCACCCAUCGUUGAUGAUCCUGAUGCAGCCUUCAUGUCUGAUGCGAUGCGUGCUACUGUUCGUGAACUUGUGAAGCUCUUUCCGACAGCUAUAAUUAGUGGGAGAUCCCGUCAUAAGGUUAAUGAAUUUGUGGCGUUAUCUGAGCUUUAUUAUGCCGGUAGCCAUGGGAUGGAUAUUAUGGGGCCUGUUAGAAGUUCGGAACCAAGUAAUUAUUCAGAAAGCUGUGUCAGAUCGACGGACAAAGAGGGGAAAGAAGUUAGUUUAUUUCAACCUGCCAGAGAAUUCAUACCAAUGAUUGAGGAGGUUUUCAAAUCUCUUGUGGAAUGUACAAAGGAGAUCAACGGGGUGAAGGUGGAGAACAAUAAGUUUUGUGUUUCUGUGCAUUAUCGAUGCGUUGAUGAAGAUAGCUGGGACAUAAUUGCAAAUCAUGUGUUCAACAUUCUGGAAGGAUACCCCAAACUGAGAGUGUGUCAUGGUAGGAAGGUACUAGAGAUUCGUCCAAUCAUUAAAUGGGAUAAAGGGAAAGCUGUUGAAUUUUUACUGGAAUCUCUCGGUCUAAACGAUGGCCUCGAUGUGUUUCCUAUAUAUAUUGGAGAUGAUCGAACUGAUGAAGAUGCCUUUAAGGCUCUGAGAGAAAAGGGUCAAGGUUGUGGCAUUUUAGUAUCUGCCUAUCCAAGGCCCUCUUCUGCCUUUUAUUCCCUUAAGGACCCAUCUGAGGUGAUGGCUUUCCUACAGUCCCUUGUGAAAUGGAAAAUGUCAGGAGAAUUGUAAAGAAAGGAGGAAGGGCUUUCUUUUUCUUUCCAAACCUGGGAUUUUGCCAAAGGCUACCCAGUUGGGAUGUGAAUGCAGUAUAGACUUCUCCUUGUUUCUCUUUAGUCUUUCUUUACAGAUAAGCCAUUCAUUUAGCGCCAACGCAUUUCGGGUCCAAUGGGGAGAGUUGUAAUGGUGAACAAUCUAUUUAUAUUAAUAAAUUCACCCCUUUUACCUUUACUCCUCUGAUUUUCUUGAAUGUAUAUCAAGAUAUGUAUGAUAAGAUGGGUGAUUGAACCCUCCAACUUCACCAUAGUCCUAAUCAAUUUGUACACACACUGUUUUGAAAGUCGAUUCGGCCAUGGCUUAUUCGGCCGAGUCCUAGUAACUCACUCUAGUAUAGCCCUACUUUAUUUGAAGCCAAUGUUAAAUGGCGUGUCGGUUUGUAUCUCCCCUCUUAGAAUACCCCUUUGUGAGAUGUUUUGAGUUUGAUCCCUCAUUUGGCACUUUUUUCUUUGAACUCUCGUUUAUAAAUUUUUUUUUUUACAAAGACCUUUUCUCUCUCUACAAAAGGUGCCCAUGGGAAGCCCCUUCUCUUCAUGAAUAAGCAGAGACUCGGAUUGCAAAAGAACAGAGAAGCCCAAGCCCCAUCUAUGGCAGCCCUAGGCGGCAUUUUUGUAGAGCCAAAGCCCUUUCAGCCUUUUCUCUCAUACCACACUAUGGGAUCAAGCCCCAUCUAUGAUAGCCUUAUGUGGGAUUUUUGUAAAGCCAAGGCCCUUUUUCCUUCUACAAAAGGCUCUCUCAUACCACACCAUGGGCUCGGUUGUAAUCUGUUGUAAGAAACCACAGAAGCUCGACCUAAGCGGGUGUCUUUGUAAAGCAAGCCCAUUUCUCUCUACAAAAGACAAUAAGGACAAGCUCGGUUCAUGAAGCUCGGGUUGCAAAAAAUUAAAGAAGCUCAAGCCCCAUUCAUGACAGCCCUAGGCGAGUCUUUUAUUUCAUACCACACCGAUGGGAAGCCCCUUCUCUUCAUGAAUAAGGAGAAGCUCGGGUUGCAAAAAACCAGAGAAGCUCAAGCCCCAUUCAUGGUAGCCCUAGGCGGUAUUUUUGUAAUGCUAAGGCCCUUUCUCUCUUUACAAAAAAGACUAACCUUUUCUUUCA